UUUGGGUCCGAGUUGUUCCGUCUACAGCGAGGAGCACCGUCUGCUCCAUGAAUGAGAACUAAAAACACACGCUUGAAAAACGUCGGAUUAUAAAAGAAAAACUGCUUGAGGUUUUCGCCCAGAAGUCAUAUUUGUCAGAAUGACGGCCAACAGGAGGAACAUCACCCAGGUUGGUAUAGCUGUAGACGUGAGCAGUAUCAGUUUAACCUGUUAAACCUCGAACAGAUCUGAAGACAAGCUGGGUUGGUUCGAGCUGUACGCCGCUGCAGCAGGGAUGAUCAUGUCCCACAUGAAUGGUUACGUGCAGGAGGCCUCUGAUCAGGCCGACGCCCACAGGGAGAGGGCCAUCGACUGUCCAGGUGAGCAGAACAGCCUAGUCCAGUGUCCACACAGCAGCGCCCACAUGGAGAGGAUCCAGCACUACCAGGAGGAGCUGAGGAAGCGGAGAGAGGCGGACAACAAGGCCAAGCAUGAAAUCGACCCCAACGCAUCAGUGAGACUCAAGAAGUUGUCACAGAACCCUAAAGUGGGCGUCGAUAAUCCCACCUUCGAGGGGAAAGACAGAGCUUCAACCAAAGAGGAAGGAUGCCCGGCGGAACCUGUAAUUGAGCUGGAGGAGUUGCUGCAGGCCGUGAGGUGCGCGCAGCGCUGUCUGACUGACGACCAGAGCCAGCACGAUGUGGAGGUGCUGCUGCAGCUCCUAACCAAGGAAGACUUCCAGAACGCCUACGCCGUCUACAGUGCCGUGUCCCAGCAGAUGAGCAGAGUCAGCCCUACGUCACCCCUCACAGUGCAGGCACAGGACCUCUGCCAGGAGGUGCAGAAGAUGCUGCAGUCGAGCCAGCAGCAGGAGGGUUUGGAACUCAGGGUUCUUCUCACCAGUCCUCAUCUCCAGGCACUCAUGCAGGCUCAUGACAAUGUGGCAGUGCAGGAAAUGGCAGAGGCGGUAAAUGUGACCCAUUACCUCGGCGAGACGGUUAAACUGGUGCGGCUGGAGAAAGCUCGUGAUACUCCACUGGGUGCAACAGUACGUAAUGACAUAGACAGCGUGAUCGUGAGUCGUGUGGUGAAAGGCGGGAUGGCGGAGCGGAGCGGCCUCCUAAGCGAGGGAGACGAGAUCGUGGAGAUCAACGGAAUUCCAAUUCGGGGAAAACACAUCAAUGAAGUCCAUGAUUUACUGCAACACAUGCAGGGAACGCUGACCUUCCUCCUCAUCCCCAGUUGUCAGGUCAAACCUGCUCCACACAGACAGACUGUGAUGCACGUGCGAGCUUGCUUUGACUAUGAUCCCUCUGAUGACCCCUUUGUGCCGUGUCGGGAGCUGGGCCUGUCCUUCCGGAAGGGAGACAUUCUCCACAUCAUCAGCCAAGAUGACCCCAACUGGUGGCAAGCCUACAGGGAUGGAGACGAAGACAAUCAGCCAUUCGCGGGGCUCGUUCCAGGGAAAAGCUUCCAGCAGCACAGAGAGUUCUUAAAGAAAACGGUGACUGAGAGGAGUCGGGAGCAGCAGGGGAAGCUUUGGUACGUAAAGAAGAGCAAAAAACAGAGGAAGAAGAACGCGUUGAAUUUGAACAGCCUCGAGGAUGAGGACAUCCUGACCUACGAGGAGAUGUCCCUGUAUCAUCAGCCUUCCCACCAUAAACGCCCCAUUGCUUUGGUUGGUCCCACAAACAGCGGCCACGAUGAUCUGCAUAGACGACUUGUCUCCAUUGAACCAGAAAAGUUUGCUGUUGCUGUUCCACAUACUACCAGGAAUCCAAGGAUACAUGAGAAGAAUGGGCGGGACUACUACUUUGUGACCCGAUCUUCCUUUGAGGCCGACCUGGCUGCAGGGAAGUUUAUCGAAUCAGGGGAAUAUGAGAAGAAUUUGUACGGCACCAGCACCGAUUCUGUCCGGCACGUCAUCAACGCUGGGCGCAUCUGUUUGCUGUGUCUGCACAACAGAUCGCUGCGGGUGUUAAGGUCCUCUAAACUGAAGCCUUACAUCAUCUUCAUCGCUCCUCCUUCUCAGGAAAGACUGCGCACCCUGCUGGCCAUUGAGGGGAAAACGCCAAAGCCCGAGGAGCUGAAAGACAUUAUCGAAAAGGCCCGCGAGAUGGAGCAAAAUUUUGGCCACUUCUUUGACGCGACCGUCGUGAACGCGGAUCCGGACGCAGCUUUCCACGAACUGCGGAGGCUGAUUGAAAAGCUGCACACAGAACCACAGUGGGUUCCCACGUCCUGGCUGUGUUAGAGCGCAGAGGGUCUCCCGUUUGGACAGCGGUAACGCCUCACUGUUUGUUUGUUUCUUUAAACUUGCACAUUCUCCUUGUCUGUAGACGACGUGAUCAUUGACACUCAUUAGACAGACUCAGGUCUCCAUUUGUUUUUCUUGGUUUUUGUCUUUGCAGGUAUUUUUACCCCGUUUUAUGAACCUUCUCUCAGUUUUAUGCAAAACCGUUGAUCAGAUGUGUAAAUAUUUGUCAUGUUCUUAAUAGUUAUUUAUAAUUGUGAAUACAUAUAUUUUGUAGACAAAAGGAAACCACUUGUAUUGUUAAUAUUUUGUGUGUGAUGUACAGUACAAACAAAAUGAUGCACUCAGCUGUCACUGUUAUUAAAGACCCACAUUGUGCAUAAAUUAUUUACCUUUCACGGGUCAGAAAGUAGUUCAAGUGUUAUAAUUUUUAUAUUGUGGCAAUUUUCAGAGUCCAUGAGUAAGUGGGCAGACAAAAUGUAUUAUUUUUCACACAUAUCAUCACUUUAACAGCUGAAUUUCCUUUAAAAAGUUAUUUCCAAGUCACUGAAAAUGUCGCAACUUAACCCGUUUAUGACCCAGAUUUUUUUUUUUUUUAAUAAGUGGGAAAAGUUGCAUUAGUACCUUUGAGAUUUUUUUUUAAUUUUUUAUUGUGAGUAGAAAAUGACAGAGAUACAC